UAUGGAAGGCUGAGGGGCGAGGGACCGAGAGCAAGCCAACCAAUGUUUUGCUUAACGCCAUGUUGAGACUGGGGCUUCUCAUAACGCUCUAGUAAGAUCCCUCGGCAUUUAUUCUCUUUUCUGCGAAUUUCUUCAUUCUCGACGUAUAUGACAUCACGACGCAUUAAGAAUCGACGAAGUGCUUCAUAUCUUAGCUAGUGUGAGAGCAGCUUUAGUCUGAAGAAUGGAUACUCAGCCCUUUGAAAAUAUGGUUAUGAAGACAUCUGAACCACCUGUUCUGGCAGCCAGCCAUAAUGAAUCUUCAGCAGUUGAACUCAAGGCAGAGAACCAGGAUAGUCUGGGUGCUGCACAAAACAGGGAGGAAGAAGAAGAGGAAGAGGAAGAGAUACAAGACCAGAAAGAACCAAGAAAGAAAGUUAGGCGUGGCAGAGCAAAGGCAAAACGGAAAGGUAGAACGCAGCAAAGUUUGGCCUUGGCUAAUGCACAAGUAGCAGCAGCAGCCUUCACCUUCAUGCGGAAGCGACGGCAGGACCUCACUCUUGGAGCCAAAGUCAAGGUUCUUGAAAUGCUGGAGCAGGAGCCUAAAGUUCCCCAAGGCAAGAUUGCUUCCAUGUUUCGUGUGAGUCAAAGCCAAGUUUCAAGAAUAAUGAAAAAUAAAGAAGCCAUCAUGACACAGUGGAAUCGAUUUGCUACACCUGAUCGUAAGCGUUGUCGUCUAGGUAAGGCCGGUGCACUUGAACAAAAACUUGUUGAGUGGUACAAAGAAGCAAAAAAGGAAGACUUACCUAUUUCAGGGCCAAUUCUAAUGGAAAAGGCAAAAUCUAUAGGAAAUGAAAUGGGUAUUGACUUCAAGCCCUCUGCUGGAUGGCUUGGGAGAUGGAAAGACAGAAAUGGAGUUACUUUAAAGAGAUUCAAGGAUAAAGAUGGGGCUCUGUCUGUAACAAAAGUUGGCAAUCACUGGAGACGGUACAUGUUUACCAAAGCAACAAAAGAUUAUUCACCUCAGAAUGUUUGGGUAGUAGAUGAAACCGUGUUAGCCUAUGAUGCUUUACCUGAACAUUCAAUACCUGGAGCAGUGAGUGGUACUGGCAAAAUCUCUAUUAUAUUAGCAUGUAAUCUUGCUGGGACUGAAAGAAAACCUCCAGUUGUCAUAGGUAAUUCUCAGACUCUUACCUCUGUCAACCUUCCGACACCAUUCCAGCAUCAUCCAGAAUCUACUGUCACGCUUGAUUUUUUUUCCUCUUGGUUAAAGGAAUGGGAUCGUGAACUGCAUACAAAACGGAAGAAAAUUGUUGUGUUAAUGAGUAAAACACCACAUCAUCCAGAAAAUCCUCAUGUAUUCAAUAUAAAUGUGACAUUUUUCCCUCAAGAUACAUCCACAGUACUACAGCCAAUGCAAUUGGGCAUUAUAAAUGUGUUUAAAUCUUUGUACAGGUAUCAACAGCUCAAAUAUGUUAUGGCUAGGACACAAGCUGGUGAAAAAAUUGGUCUUAGUAAUAUGUUCAGUCAGAAUAUUCUUUCGGCACAUUCACUUUGUCUAUCUCUUGUAGAUGCUAUUUUUAUGGUGCAUAGAGCUUGGAAACAUGUAAGUCCAGAAACAAUUGUCAAGGGUGUGGUAAAAGCUGGAAUGAGUAAGGAUGUAGAUGCUUUGAAUGUAUGUGAUCAUGUUCAAGCACCACCUGGAGUAUCUCAAGAAGACUUUGAAGUGUUGAUCAACAUGGAUGAAAGACUCAGUAUUGCUGAACAUACAGAGCACCAGCCUCAGACACUAGAUUGUGGUCAGCCAGUAUUAACCGACAGUGUACAGUUCCCUCAACAUUUGAACAUGUAUGGAAAUUCAGGAAACAAAACCCAACAGCCCAAUCCUCAGAUUGAUUUAUAUCCAGGAACAGUAUGUGACUAUCCCAGUGUAUCUGAAGCAGUUUAUGCCUGCCAGAUAUUGAGACAUUAUUUACAGAAACAAAGUGGUAAAUUAUAUGAUGAAUUUUCAGAUUUAGAAUCAUCUAUUCAUUUAGAUAUGAUUUUGGAUGCAAGACCUGAUCUAAGAAAUAGCUAUCAGCCUGACCCCUUACAUGACUCCUCCUCAGUUCACAGUUUGGAAGCUCAUCAGGCAGCCUUGGAACAAAAAACUGAAUACUUGCAAAAAAUGCAGGAUGAACUUCAUCAACAGAAGAUACAGAAGGAAAUGAAAAAAGUUACGCAGUCUCCAGUAACAUUCCAAAAUUCACAAGGUUCACUCAACACUUUGCCUGAGGAAAUAAGGACUGACCUGCACUCACAGCUGUUAGGGAUCCAUAGAUCAGCAAUGCCCAGUCAAGACUUACCUCGACAGGAGAUGCUCAGGCAAGAAGUGCAUCACCCUAUGCAACAUCCCGAUUUUAUGAGGCAAGAUGUGAUGAGGCCAGAAUACAGGCAGGAGAUUCAUCAAGAUAGAUGUCGUGCUGCCUCACUUGUUGAGCUGCGUUCCUUUAAACACGCUCAUGCUGAUGUCAGAGAUGAUCUAAGAAAUGAUGGUAAAAACGAUUCCAUGACACUGACAUCAGAGCUAAACAAUUUGUCACCAGAUAAUCAUCCAGGUGCAGAUCUUCACCACCAUGUGAUGGACUUGGAUCAUAAUGUGCGUCUGCCAGAUGGUAGACUUAAUAAUCCUGGAAUACCAUAUUAUACUCUAACCAAUCCACUACCUCAUUAUAUGCAGUCUAAGUAAGCUAAUAUUUAAUGUUUUAUAAAUAUUCUUCCUA